UCUCUCCUUAAACCCCUGAAAUCCUCUUAUCCAAAAUUUCAAUUUCUCUUUUACUCUCACUUCUUCUUCUCUACUGGUAUGGAGAAGAGGUGUUAAAAACCUUAGAAAUCAUCAAAAAUGGCGAAACUCUUCUUAACCUACACACCAACAACAUUCUUCACUUCAAAGGAACAAACAAAAUCAUCUACUCUCUUCUUAUCCACUUCAUCUUCUUCUUCCCAUAAGUUAAAUAAUGGUGUCAGUGUUUCAGCAAUUUUAACCAAAAAGAUAACAACCAGAAGAAAAAAACAACCUAAAAAAGAUGAUUCAUCUUCUUCGAAUUCAUUAUCAGCUGCUGAAAGAGGAUUGAGAUUUACAUUCAUGGAGGAAUUAAUGGACCGUGCAAGAAAUCGUGAUGUUUCUGGUGUUUCUAAUGUUAUGUAUGAUAUGAUUGCUGCUGGUUUGAAACCAGGUCCCAGAUCUUUUCAUGGAUUGAUUGUUUCUCAUUCACUUAACGGUGACGAUGAAGGCGCGAUGCUGUCACUAAGGAGGGAGUUGAGUGCAGGGCUUCGUCCUCUUCCUGAAACAUUUUUGGCAUUGAUUCGUCUGUUUGGCGGCAAAGGUCAAGCCAUCAAAGGCUUAGAAAUUCUUGCAGCUAUGGAAAAGUUAAACUAUGACAUUCGGCAAUCUUGGCUAAUUCUUGUUGAGGAGCUCGUCAGAAACAAACAUUUGGAUGAUGCCAACAAUGUGUUCCUGAAGGGUGCAAAAGGUGGCUUAAGAGCCACUGAUGAACUGUAUGAUCUUUUAAUUUCCGAAGAUUGUAAGGUCGGAGAUCAUUCUAAUGCUUUAACGAUAGCAUACGAGAUGGAAGCAGCUGGUCGAAUGGCAAAUACAUCUCACUUUAAUUGUCUUCUUAGCGUACAGGCUACAUGUGGAAUACCAGAGAUUGCUUUUUCAACAUUUGAGAACAUGGAAUACGGAGAAGAAUCCAUGAAACCUGAUACCGAGUCAUAUAAUUGGGUGAUCCAAGCAUAUACUAGAGCCGAAUCUUAUGACAGGGUACAGGAUGUAGCUGAAUUGCUUGGCAUGAUGGUCGAAAAUCAUAAACGUUUGCAACCAAAUGUGAAAACAUAUGCGUUGCUGGUGGAGUGCUUUACCAAGUAUUGUGUCGUCCGGGAAGCAAUCAGGCAUUUUCGGGCCCUCAAGCACUUUGAAGGGGGAACCAAACUCUUACAUAAUGAUGGGAAUUACGGGGACCCACUUUCCUUGUAUCUUCGGGCUUUAUGUCGAGAAGGAAGAGUUGUAGAGUUACUUGAAGCGUUGGAAACAAUGGCGAAAGAUAAUCAGGUCAUUCCUCCAAGAGCAAUGAUCUUGAGUAGAAAAUACCGAACGCUAGUUAGCUCUUGGAUUGAACCCUUACAAGAAGAAGCUGAGCUUGGAUAUGAGAUUGAUUAUAUUGCCAGGUAUGUAGCAGAAGGAGGGCUCACAGGUGAGCGAAAGAGGUGGGUCCCACGCAGAGGUAAAACUCCUCUAGACCCUGAUGUGGAUGGCUUUAUUUACUCAAACCCAAUUGAAACGUCUUUCAAGCAACGUUGUCUUGAUGAUUGGAAAGUUCACCAUCGCAAGCUUUUAAGGAACCUUUGGAAUGAAGGACCUUCAGUCUUAGGGAAUGCAUCAGAAGCUGAUUACGUUAAAGUAGUGGAGCGGUUAAAGAAGAUUAUAAAAGGUCCCGACCAGAACGCCUUAAAGCCCAAGGCAGCUAGUAAAAUGGUAGUGGCCGAGUUAAAGGAGGAGUUGGAAGCACAGGGUUUACCAACUGACGGAACUAGAAAUGUGCUCUACCAGCGAGUCCAAAAAGCAAGGAGAAUAAAUCGUUCACGUGGUCGGCCUCUUUGGAUUCCUCCUGUAGAGGAAGAAGAGGAAGAGGUUGAUGAACGGCUGGAUGAAUUAAUCUCACGAAUUAAGCUGGAGGAUGGAAAUACAGAGUUUUGGAAACGUCGCUUUCUUGGAGAAGGCUUAAACCAUGAGAAUGACAAUGCUAUUGACGUAGAAGUAGAUUCAGAACUUCAAGAUAUCUUGGACGAUGUAGAUGCCGCGGAGGAUGUUGCAAAAGAAGCUGAAGAUGAGGCCGACGAAGAGGAGGAAGAAGUUGAACAGACAGAAGUUCAAGUAGGGGAUAGAGCGAAGGUAAAGGAAGUAGAAACUGUUAAGCCUUUACAAAUGAUUGGAGUCCAGUUGUUGAAGGAUUCUGAGCAAGCACCUACUACCUCAAAAAAAUCAAGGAGGAGACGGUCUCGACUUUCAAUGGAGGAUUCAGAUGAUGACGACUGGUUUCCAGAGGAUAUAAAUGAGGCAUUCAAAUUGAUGAGAGAAAGAAGAAUUUUUGACGAAUCAGACAUGUAUACAAUUGCUGAUGUUUGGGGAUGGACCUGGGAAAGAGAGAUAAAGAAAAGAACUCCACAGAAGUGGUCGCAAGAAUGGGAAGUUGAUUUGGCACUUAAAGUGAUGGUGAAGGUGAUUGAAUUGGGUGGAACACCAACAAUUGGGGAUUGUGCAGUGAUACUACGGGCAGCUAUUAGAGCGCCACUCCCGUCAGCCUUUCUAAAGAUUUUGCAGGCUACUCACAGCCUUGGCUACAUCUUUGGGAUUCCACUGUAUGAUGAAAUCAUCUCUCUGUGUCUUGAUCUUGGGGAACUCGAUGCAGCCAUAGCUAUUGUAGCAGACAUGGAAACAGCCGGUAUUAAAGUCCCAGACCAAAUCAUAGACCGGGUAAUUUCAGCUAGACCCGGUGGGAAGGAUAGUAAUAGUGAGGAGGAAUCAACAUGAUGCCAAUGAUGACUAUGAGCUAUCCGAGACGGUUGCAUUAGACUGACAGACCCUUGUCAGAAACCUGAUGAAUAUCCAUCAGGCAUCAACUACCAGCUUAGUUAUUGGUGAUGCCAAAGCUGUGCCCGAGAAAUAUGUAACUAGCACCAUAGGAAAUAGGUAGCAAUUUUGAUGUUGUAUUUGUAAGAAUAGAUAUCUUUUGCUGAGAAAGGAAUUGAAAGGCAGAUUUUGUUGUUCUUAUUACUGUAUUCUCUUACUGUAUUAUAUUACUAUCACAACACGGUGAAGUGAACUGCAUAGGGGAAAUUUUCAUAG